GAGCGCGCGAGCUCCUUCUCGGCUUCCGUAGGGCAUCGCGCUGUGAGGAAAAGAGCUGCAUGUCAAACCUGGCUGAGAGCACGUAGCCUUCAGACCAGCUGCUGGACUGACGGAGUGGACUAAAGCAGUCAUGUUUCAGAUCCGACAGGCGCUCCGGAGAGCCACGCUCCACACCCACAGCAUCGUCUGUGCGAGGAGCGCUCAAAAGCAACCCAAGGCCUUCGUCUCGACUGGGCCGCAGCAGCAGAGUGGAAUGUUCUAUGAGUUCCGCACCUACUGCAUCCAUCCCCACCUGAACUCUGCGUUCCUCAAACUGACCAGUGAGAAGAUCGACCUGCGCACUGCACACUCUGAGCUGCUGGGGUACUGGAGUGUGGAGUAUGGAGGUCUCAGUCAGGUUUUCCACAUCUGGAAGUAUGACAGUUACGAUCAGCGGGCAGCAGUGCGAGCAGCUCUGGCUCAGGACCCCAGCUGGAUGGAGCAGUACAUCUCUAAAGCCAUGCCUAUGCUGAGCUCUCAGGACAAUGAGGUCACAUACCUGGUGCCAUGGAGCACACUCCAAAAACCACCUAAAGAGGGAGGUGUGUAUGAGCUGGUGACAUUCCAGAUGAAGCCAGGGGGUCCAGCUGUUUGGGCCGAGUCUUUCCACGCUGCAGUCAACACCCAUGCAGCACCAGGAUAUGCCCACCCAGUGGGUGUCUUCCACUCUGAGUUUGGACAACUCAAUAGAGUGCAUGUUCUGUGGUGGUAUGAGAGUGCAGACCAUCGUGCAUCUAUAAGACACAGAGCUCAUACUGACGGCAGGGUAGUGGCUGCAGUGCGGCAGAGUGUUGCAUACCUGGAUUCUCAGAAAAACAAGCUCAUGUUUCCUUGCUCAUUCUCACCCCUGAAGUAAAUGGGUAGAAUUGCAUGUAGAACAUUGGACAAACUUACUCCAGACGUGUGCUGAUCAACAAAAAGCUCUUUCAUUUUAAAAUGAAUGUGUAUGCUGGACAGCUUACUCUGAGGUGUGGCCUGGACUAAGACCAGGGCUUACUUCAAUGACUAGUUUGCUUAUGUCUGAGUGAAGCGUAUCUUUAGUAGUGAAGGAUGUAUUGGCGUCUGAUAUCUUGUACCACCAGUAUGUGACAUUUUUUUACCAAUAUGUUCUUUGCAGCUUUGUGGCAUUUAAUAGCAUUAAGAAUCCUGAGUAUUGCCACUGUCCUACCUUUAACCAGCUAUGCACCUGUUCUAUCUCACUAAUUGCACUUGGGCAGUUAUAUUGGUAUUUGAGUUACUCCUUCAACACUUACCUCAAGCCUUACUUCAGCAGGCAUGUUUACGAAUAGCUGUAGCCAUUUCUUUCAUGUAAGCAUGGUCUAAUGCACUUGCCAGGUUUAAAUCUGUAUUGAUCAUGUAUGGAUUUAAAAAUUAAAUUGUAAUUAUAUAAAAAA